AUGUCUUCCUCGGCGCAGGACGCUCCUCCACAACUCAACCUAGGAAACACAUUUGGAGCACUUUUUAUUGGAGUCAUCCUGGCAGCAGUUCUCUUUGGUCUAACCAAUGUUCAAGCUUUCAUCUACUUACAAGCGCAUCGGAGCGCGGGAAUAACAUUUUUUAAGCUGGUUGUUGCCUGGCUUUGGAUAUUUGAUGCUCUGCAUCUGGCCUUGACGAUCCAUGCCGUCUAUUAUUAUUUGGUGGCCAACUAUGGAAACUUUAGUGUGCUCGCGGAAAUUGUAUGGAGUCUCAAACUUCAGUUAGUAAUCAACGGCACGGUCUUGGUAUUUAGUUCAGGUGUUGCUAUCCCCCUUGUGUGGGAGCAAUACAAGACCAAGUUUUUCACGGAUUUGACUGGGAUCAUAUGGACGACAUAUCUGGCUUUGGGAGCGGCCACUUUUAUCGAUAUUCUCAUUGCAUCAUUGCUAUGCUAUUUCCUCGCCACUUCACGUACUGGGUUCUCUAGAACCGACUCAUUCAUCACAAAGCUCGUGGGCUAUACUGUCAGUACCGGGUGUCUGACAAGCAUUUGUUCGAUGUUAAUCAUAAUCACAUGUAUUGUGAUGCCGAAAACCUUUAUCUUCAUCAGUCUCCAAUUUUUAGUGACUAAACUAUAUGUCAACUCGUUCAUCGCAUUUCUGAACGCGCGAUACUACAUGCAGACCGACGCGAUUGUCGAACUUCCCCAGUCUUAUGAGCGCCACGUUGUCUACCACGCGGAACUCCACAGUAGUCCGUCGCAAGACGAAGGGUUUCAAAAAUCCGAGGGGGACCCAAACGGUGAAGUAUUACAUCUCACGCAACCUAUACAGGCUGCUAUGGUUGGUGGUUUUGACAUCGUUGAUGGAAGAGGGCUAAUUGACGCACUACCUUAG